GAAGAAGAAGAAGAGACAAUUUUAUUUGUAUAGCCCAUUAUCACAAAUUACAAAAUUGCCUCAGUAUAAGAAUAACAAGAAGAGGAAAAGCAAAUAGACCUCACUUUCCAGAAGUAGAUUUGUAACAGUUUUUGGCAUGCAGUUUUAUGAACUAAUCGUAACAUGCUAGCUGAAUAAAGUCAGCUGCGAGAGGAUGUAAUGGCAUUUACACGAGCCUCAUAACUGAACCAUAUUUUUAUGUAAUUUUACAACCAAGCGCACUGACCAUUCAUUGGGAGGGUGUGCUAAGCUAAGGAAGCUUGCCGUGUAGCUAACUCUUAACACGUCUCUGAAUCGAGAUAAAUUGCGGUGGACGGCAUGCUGAUAGAUGCCGUGCUCUUUUAGACGUAUCGUCAUGUCUGCCUUGCGUGGAGUCGUACUUUCGAAUCUGGUUGCCAAACUAAAUAGUCAAGCUGUUACAAGACGACACAUCGGAUUUGCUCGCACCGGUUCUCAGUGCUGGGAGGCACCGGAGCCAAGCAGCAUGUGGUCUGGAACCACUGCGACCGCCAAGGAGGCUAAAUCAACCAGAAAGACUAGUGUGGCAGUCAAGCGACCUUUGUCGACAUCAUCGGUUGAAGGCGGAACAAGACACGUGAAGAGGGUCUCUAUCGAGGGCAACAUUGCUGUCGGGAAGUCAACUUUUGCGAGGCUCCUUCAGUCCGCUCUUCAGGACUGUGAGGUCAUCCCUGAACCCGUCAGCAAGUGGCAGAGCAUUGAAAGUUGGACCUCCAAGGCGGAGACCUCCUCCGGGCAGAUUGUCGGUAACCUGCUGCAGAUGAUGUAUCAGGACCCCCAGCGCUGGUCCUACACAUUCCAGACAUACUCUUACUUGAGCCGCCUGAAAACACAGUUGCAACCUCCUCCAGACCGUCUGCUCACCUCAGAAGGAACGCCCGUCCAGAUCUACGAGCGCUCAGUCUACAGUGACAGAUACAUCUUCGCCCUGAACAUGUUUGAGCUUGGCUGCAUAAAUUCUGCAGAAUGGGCAGUCUACCAGGACUGGCACUCCUUCACUUUGGAGCAUUUUGGAUGCAAGCUGGAGCUGGAGGGCAUUAUCUAUCUCAGAGCCUCACCUCAGAAGUGUAUGGAGCGCCUGGGCCUUCGAGGGAGGGCAGAAGAAAAAGGAGUAGAGCGUGACUAUUUGGAUAAACUUCAUGCACAACAUGAGAGGUGGCUCGUGGAGAAGAGCACCAAAUUACAUUUUGAGAGUUUGAAAAGCGUACCUGUGUUGGAGCUGGAUGCCAAUUUAGAGUUUGAGAGCGAUCCGGAGGUGCGACAAGAAUUCCUGACAAAGGUGAAGAACUUCUUCAGCGGGUUAUGAGAAGCCACACGUUACAUGUUGACCGACCAGGCUCCCAUGGGAUCAAGAUGACUGGGGUCAUCAGUCAGCUGUGUUAUUUGACCUAUUGCUAAUUCGUCUGCUUGGCUGGGAGGGAAAGUGAAAUUUUAUUGUAUGGAACCAUAGUGAAACAUUUUCAGCUUGAUUUUCUUCAAUAUGAAUGUUACAAUUUUGAUAUUUGUUUUCUGACAGUAUGGCAGAACAAAAGACACUUGCAUACUGUCUUCUGUACUUGAAGAUGGAGAUAUUUAAUAACUAAUAAUGGUUUGGCACAACGACCUUCGUCAGGUUAUUUUUGCUCUGCCAUUGCAGACCCAUGAUCUUCCCCUAUGCACCUGUCGAUCUACAGGUGUUCUCUGGUCUUUACUUACAGUAUAACAUUAUUUACCUCUGUUGUUUGCUUGUGUGUGUUUUGAGUUACUGUGAAUAGUUAAAAGGUUACUGACUGAAUUGUUUAGUAGUUAAGGUUAAGCGAUUUAUGUCAACAUAGUUUGACAAUAAUUAUCAUUCCAGUUGUAACUGUAACAACACAUUUUUGACAUCACUCCCUUUUUACAAUUGUGUAAUAGAAACAGGCUAAAAAAAUCUCAAAUAUGCAUAUUUUAUAGGCUAUGUAACUUGUAAAAAACAACCCAAAUGUAUACACUAACCUACUUGACCAAAGAGAAGUAUGGUCCCCUUACCUUUGGUUAGUUAAAACAGGAAUUUAAUGCUGCUUUGAUUCAGAAAAUAACUUAAUUACAGCAGUUCAUGAAUGAAUAAAAAUUUCAGGCAUGCU